AUGAGUAAACGUGCGGCGUCGGUAUCCAUCGCGCACGCGCUCGAUCGAUGCACCGACGACGUCUUGGGCGCGUUCAUCGUGAAAGAUUCGAAAGAUCACGGAAUCUUGUGCGUCGACGCCGUGCCUCUGUUUCACGGCGACACGACGACGACGGCGUACCUAGACAUCGCGCUCGAACAGUGCUUUACCCACGCGAGGUCGAUCGGGGGUGACGUGGGCGGGGUGUACGAGGCGCGCGCGAUGAGAGGCGCGGAUGGAACGCCGAGCGCGACGGCGCGCGGGUUAUGUUCGGCGAUCGAAGACGCGCGUCGAAGAGACGGUGACGGCGCACAUUCGAAGACGUUCGUGAUCGCGUACGAUGGAUCGACGCUGGAGCGAUUGGCGCGAUCGGAGGACGACGGUGCGUCGUGCGCGUUCGCGACGUGGACGCUAGACGGGACCGAGUUGGACGCGCGCGGACGCGUCGCGACUGUUGAGACCGGAGAGCGGAAGGACGUACGGGAGCUCGUCCGUCGCGUCAUCGAUCCAUCGUCGAGCGAUAAAUUGGAGGUUUUCGAUUUCGACGACCACCUGGACGACCUGAGCAAGGAUUGGCGAAACGCGACGUUCGCGACGUGA